UUCAAUGACUCAAAGUCAGCAUCUAGUGUACCACCAAAGCAUAAGAUUGCUAAGAGUUCCUCCCUUUUGCCAUUACUUUGCAUCUAGUUCCCUCCCCACAAGAAAAGAGGAAAUAAGGCAUCCGAUUCUAGUUUGUCCACAAAAGAGUCCCCUUUGCUGCACAAUUUGGAAUCAAUCACUCCGCCCAAGCAGUUGUGCAACCCCAACAUGGUCAACUCCGCCGUGGAUGCCGCCGCUUCAGUUCCGACGAAGCCCGCAAUCACCCACGUUAUAUUUGACAUGGAUGGUCUCUUACUAGAUACUGAGAAGUUUUAUACAGAAGUUCAGGAACAGAUACUAGCUAGAUACAAUAAAACUUUUGAUUGGUCUCUCAAAGCAAGAAUGAUGGGGAAAAAAGCAAUAGAAGCUGCUAGGAUAUUUGUUGAAGAGACUGGAAUAAGUGACUCCCUUUCAGCUGAGGACUUCAUUGUAGAAAGGGAGUCAAUGCUGCAGAGCAUGUUUCCGACGAGUGAGCUAAUGCCAGGGGUCGAAAGAUUGAUCAAACAUUUGCAUGCACAUCAAGUGCCAAUCUGUGUCGCUACUGGGUCCCACAAACGGCAUUUUGAGCUGAAAACUCAAAGACAUACAGAACUAUUUGCUUUAAUGCAUCAUAUCGUUACCGGAGAUGAUCCAGAAGUUAAGCAAGGAAAGCCAUCUCCUGAUGUAUUUUUGGCAGCUGCCAGAAGAUUUGAGGGUGGACCUAUAGACUCAAAGCUUUGUCUUGUAUUUGAAGAUGCACCCUCAGGAGUUCAAGCUGCCAAAAAUGCUGAAAUGUCUGUGAUUAUGGUUCCUGAUCCAAGGUUGGAUAGUUCUUAUCACGCAGUUGCUGAUCAGGUUCUGAAAUCUUUAACAGACUUGAAUCCUGCAGAAUGGGGCUUGCCUCCAUUUGAAAGUGCAGCAUGCUAAGUUAAACAAUUAGUGCUGCCCCUCUCAAUUGCCCAUCGUUGCAUCAGCUGAAGGAAACGCCCAUCUUCAAGCCGCCUCAUUGAUGUGCAGUGAUUUACAAACACAGUUUUUGAUUAUUUGUCUCCUUAUUUAUGGAAAUGUUGAAUCUAAUGAUUUAGCCAUUUUAUAUCACAUGGAACUUUUAGACUGACUUCCAUGGAUGGUUGCACCCCCUUUCCUUUGGGGCCUUUAUGUAAGAAAAGAAAGUAUUUUAGACGGACAAA